AUGAAAGGUUUGGCACGAUCAUUUGUUUACUGGCCAAGAAUUGAUGCAGAUAUUGAACUUAUUACUAAAUCUUGUGCUGUGUGUGCCAAGCAUGCUCAUGCUCCUCCUAAAUUCAACACACAUCAUUGGAAAUAUACUAAAGGUCCAUGGGAACGUAUCCAUAUAGACUACUCUGGACCAGUAGCUGGUAAAAAGGUUCUAGUAAUCACUGAUGCUUAUUGUAAAUGGCUUGAAGUCAAGAUCACAAGUUACAGUACUAGCACUGCUACAAUCGAUAUUGACGAUCAGUCAUUUGCUACUUAUGGUAUACCUAGCAUUGUUGUCUCAGAUAAUGGCUGUCAAUUUGUUUCAGAUGAGUUUGAAACAUUUCUCAAGAUAAGUGGAGUGAAAUAUCACAAACUUACUGCUCCUUAUUACCCUUCGACAAAUGGUCAAGCAGAAAAAUGCGUGGGUACAACAAAAAGAGCCUUACUUAAAAUGGAUACAACACAAGGUUCUUUGCAUCGGAACUUGAAUGAAUUCUUGAGACAAUAUAGAAAAGCUCCUCAUUCAACUACUGGACAACCACCUGCUUUAUUAUUUUUAAAACGAAACAUUCACACACGAUUAGAUCUUGUUCGACCCGAACCUAUCAACGAGAAGAUUUCUGAGAAACAUCAAGCUGAUUUUAUCAAUACGUACCAAGAAUUUAAACCACUUGAACAUUUUUAUUUUCUUUCCGGUAAUCCAGAAUUAGAUAAAUGGAUUCCAGGACAUAUUAAUUCUCGUCUAGGAGAUCUGCAUUAUGAAAUCAGUUACAUGGAUAAAAUGUAUAAACAAUACGUCGAUCAAAUUCGUGCUUUUACAAUCCAGAAAGAGUAA